AACUUUCUCAUCCUCACACCUAUAUAUACAUUACACACCAUAUUCUCCCCCUACAAACCUCCAAAUAAAACACUCAUACACACACAAACACUUAAACAUCAUCAAUAUCGUAUAUUCUUGUUGUGUUGUUUAAGUUGUAAAAGAAUGUCUGGGGUUUGGGUUUUCAAGAACGGUGUGGUGAGGCUGGUGGAGAACCCUGGGGGUGAGGCAGUGGAGGGAAGCCGUGGAGGAAGAAGGAAGGUGCUUGUUCAUAGAGCAAGCAACGAGGUUAUCACCUCUUAUGCGGUGUUAGAGCGAAAACUGUAUUCACUUGGGUGGGAGCGUUACUAUGACGACCCUGAUCUUCUUCAAUUCCACAAACGCUCCACCGUGCACCUUAUUUCCCUCCCAAGAGACUUCAACAAGUUCAAGCCCAUGCACAUGUAUGACAUAGUGGUGAAGAACAAGAACGCUUUUGAAGUUAGGGACAUGUAGGGUAGGGACAAGACAACAUAUAUAUAUAUAUAUAUAUAUAGUGACCAAACAAAAAACACCCCCCUUGCAAGGCCUUCGGCCAGGGCACCCUGCUACUGUCCAGUGUCAGUGUUUGUGACUUUUUGUACUACUACCACUCAUUCCUUUAAUUGUGCCCUUUCAUUUUCAUUAUUUAGCUGCUGCAUCCAUGCAUGUGUUAGUUUUUGAAUGUUUCAUUUUCGACUUGUGGCCAUGGAGGGUGGAAGUCUGUGUCCAUUUGAUUGUAACAUUAACUUGGGUAUUUGGACUGUCUAGGUAAGUCUAUGUUCUGAUAAAUUUCAUGUUUAUGUAUAGGUAUAUAUAGGUAGGGUCUGAUUCGUCAUUUGUGAGGACUGGGUGUCAUUUACGUGUGUUCGAUCCGUUGUAAAAUUUUGGUCAUUCUGCAAUCAAAAUUUACGACUUUUUCUCCA